AUGUCUCAAUCCUUCGCUGCAGCACUCUCCGACCGAGACAGCAAUGUCCAGAUGACUUCGGGCGGGUCGAACCAGGUUGCGCCUGGGGAAGAGAACAAGCUGCAUGGAGAGCAGCACAAGCAGGUCUCCGGACUUAAUCGCAAGGGUAACGGCACAUAUGUUUCCCCAUCCGAUGCCAUCCUCAGCCCCGCCAGCCAAAAGCUCGCAGGCUUCAAGCAGAGACAGAUCAACAAGCAAACCAACAACAAGAAUCCAACCGCUCGAUCCCUCUUCAGCCGAACAGCCAGCUCCGUCUCAUCGGGCUCUCUCGAGGACUCUAAAGAUGCGCAGUAA